AUGAAACCAUCCAUACGUAUUUAUUCAACACCGAUAGCAUGUCGUUUAUAUAAAUUUAUACGUUAUUCAUUUUUGGAUAUGUCAGCAUAUAUACAAUUAGGUUUAACAACUGAUCGUUUUAUAUGUUGUGUACAUCAUAGAUAUUAUUCACAUUGGCGUAAAAAAUAUUAUAUAUAUUAUUUAUUAAUACUUGCAUUUCUUUCGGUUAUAUUAAAAAAUUCAUCAUUUUUAUCUUCAUUAUAUGGAUAUUCAGUGAUCAGUAAAAAUCGUACAGUAACAAAAUGUUCUGUUCAAAUUCGAGCAAAACAUUUUACACUAUAUAUGGCUUAUGGACAAUCAUUAAUUGAUGUUGUUUUUAUAACAUGUAUACCAUUUUUUCUAAUCGUUUAUUUUAAUUCAAAAAUUUUAAGAGAAGUAUUACAUAUACGAACACGAUGUUGGAGUACAAUAACAAGAUUUAUAUGUUUAACACCAGUACAAAAUAAGGAAUCAAAUCGAAAUCCAACCGGUAUUUUAACAUUUACUGGUGCUAAACGUCGUCGUCUUCAUUUAACAUUUGCACUUGGCUGUAUAUCAUUUGUAUUUGUACUUAGUACAGCACCUUAUAAAAUAUUUAAAGUUAUUGAAAGACAUGAUAAAGUUAUGCGUGAUCGUCAUAAAUAUGGCUCAUCAAAAUUAGUGAAUUUACAAUUAGCGGAAGUUAUUAUUGACUGUCUUGAAUAUUUAUCUUGUUCAACACCUUUUUUUGUAUGUCUCACUACGUCAAGUAUGUUUAGAGAAGAAUUAAAACGAAUGUUUAAUAAAAGACAUGUAUAAAAAAAACAAUAUUGACUUGUAGAUUGUUGUUUUAUUUUACUUAAAGAGAUUUACGAAAAGGAUGGUAUCAAAUAACAUAUGAUUCAUAAUAUCAGUAUAAAAGUAUUGAAAAAAAUAUAUAAUUCAUAUCAUUUGCUUUGAUAAAAAUGAGCGUAAAACAAGUAUGUCUGUUCCAGAUAAUUACAAUAUUUAUUAUGACAGGUAAGAUUUAAUGAUUAGGUUAUAGCGGAAAGGUCAAAGUUUUCUAAAAUUAUGGUAAAUAUAAAAUGUCUUAAAAAUCAUUUUUUUUGGACAAGUUGAAUGAUUGUUUAAAGCAAACAUAUUAAAAAUCAAAUUAAUCC